AAAGACAAAAAUCCAACAUAAAAAAUUGUACAACAAAAAUGCAACAUAAAAAAACCAUAUAAUAUAAUGCGAUUGCUUUGAUGUUGGAAGAGAGAGAGAGAAGUCUGAAAAAGCACAUUGUGUAUAACGGAGACAGAUAAUGGGAGGUGACGAAGUUGAAGCAGUUUCUUCAUCAUCAGAUGAUAUACAACUCAUUCAAAGACUACCUCACAACAACAAUGGUUCCUUCAGUGGACCUUUAAACCAAAGGGUAGGAAGAAGAAGUGCCAAAAAGUUAAACUUUUCAAAUUCAUCUUCAGCCAUAGAUCUUAGCCAUAAUAACAAAGAUGAAGAAGAACAAGAUUAUGUUGAAGUUACCAUGGAUAUUCAAGGUGACUCUGUUGCUUUACACAGUGUUAAAACUGUUGUACCUGGAAAUGGAAACAGUAAUGAUCAUGCUGAUCAUGAAGAUGAUAAACUUGCUUUGCUUGGUAAAGGAAUGGAGAAGAAAAGGUCUUUUGGUGCUUCUUUUGUACGAACUGCUUCGAUUCGUAUGAAGCAAGUUUCUCAGGAAUUGAAGAAGUUAACAUCUUUUUCGAAUUCGAAACAAGUUGGACCUGAGAAAGUUUAUGAUAGGACUAAGUCUGCAGCUUCUCAUGCUCUUAUAGGAUUGAAGUUUAUUAAUAAGAAGACUGAUGGUGGUGGUGGUGGUGGUGGUUGGUUAGAGGUUGAGAAACAGUUUGAGAUUCUUGCUGGUGAUGAUGGAUUGCUUCAUCGUUCUCUUUUUGCUAAAUGCAUAGGGAUGAACAAGGAGUCUGAGGCUUUUGCAGGUGAGCUAUUUGAUGCAAUGUCUAGGAGGAGGAAUAUUCAUGGAGAUUCAAUUAAUAAGGCACAGUUGAAGGAUUUCUGGGACCAGAUUUCUGACCAUAGUUUUGAUUCUAGGCUCAGAACAUUCUUUGACAUGGUUGAUAAAGAUGCUGAUGGCAGAAUCACUGAGGAAGAAAUUAAAGAGAUUAUUUGCCUUAGUGCCACUACAAACAAACUGUCUAACAUACAGAAGCAGGCAGAGGAAUAUGCUGCUUUGAUCAUGGAAGAACUAGACCCUGAUGACACUGGAUUUAUCAUGGUAAACGACUUAGAGAUACUCUUGUUGCAUGGACCAACACAUUCUACAAGAGGAGAUAGUAAGUACCUGAGCCAAAUGCUAAGUAUAAAGCUUAAGGCUACAUAUGAAACCAAUCCUGUUAGGAAGAAGUAUAGAGAUAUCAUUUACUUUCUGCAAGACAAUUGGCAAAGAACUUGGAUAUUGGUACUGUGGAUUGGUGUUAUGUCAGGUCUAUUUGCCUACAAGUUCAUGCAGUACAGAAGAAAAGCGGCUUACGAGGUAAUGGGACAUUGUGUGUGCAUGGCUAAAGGUGCAGCUGAGACACUCAAAUUAAACAUGGCUAUUAUCUUGUUACCUGUUUGUCGAAACACCAUCACAUGGCUUAGGAACAAGACCAAACUAGGCAUUGCUGUUCCUUUUGAUGACAACCUCAACUUCCACAAGGUAAUAGCCGUGGCAGUAGCAAUUGGAGUUGCUAUACAUGCUAUUUAUCAUCUUACGUGUGACUUUCCUCGCCUUCUUCAUGCAAGUAGUGAAAAGUACAAGCUGAUGGAACCAUUUUUUGGAAAGCAACCCACAAAUUAUUGGCAUUUUGUGAAAUCAUGGGAAGGAGUAACAGGUAUUAUAAUGGUUGUUUUAAUGACAAUAGCCUUCACACUGGCUAGCCCUUGGUUUAGGAGAGGAAGGGUUAAGCUACCCAAACCCCUCAAUAGUCUAACUGGGUUCAAUGCCUUUUGGUACUCUCAUCAUCUCUUUGUGAUUGUCUAUACCCUUAUGAUUGUACAUGGAAUCAAACUUUACUUGACUAAGGAAUGGUACAAGAAAACGACUUGGAUGUAUUUGGCUAUUCCCAUCAUCAUUUAUGCAUUGGAAAGAUUGACUAGAGCACUAAGAUCAAGCAUCAAGCCUGUGAGAAUAUUAAAGGUGGCUGUUUAUCCUGGAAAUGUGUUGGCUCUUCAUAUGUCAAAGCCUCAGGGGUUUAGAUACAAGAGUGGACAAUACAUGUUUAUAAAUUGUGCUGCUGUCUCUCCAUUUGAAUGGCACCCUUUUUCCAUAACCUCUGCCCCAGGAGAUGAUUACCUUAGUGUUCACAUAAGAACAUUAGGUGACUGGACUCGGAGUCUCAGAGUCAAAUUCUCAGAGAGUUGCCUUCCACCAACUCAUGGGAAGAGUGGACUUCUAAGAGCUGAAUGCAUGCAAGGGGAUGGCAGUCCAAGUACUCUUCCUAAAGUUUUGAUUGAUGGUCCAUAUGGUGCCCCUGCACAAGACUACAAGCAAUAUGAGGUUGUUUUACUUGUGGGCCUGGGAAUUGGGGCUACCCCAAUGAUAAGUAUACUAAAGGACAUAGUUAAUAAUUUCAAGGCCAUGGAAGACGAUGAAGGGAGCACUAUAGAGGAGGGAACAAGUGGUAAAUCACCAAGACCAUCACACCACAAGAGAACCGGUCUGAGUAACUUUAAAACUAAGAGAGCUUAUUUUUAUUGGGUGACUAGAGAACAAGGUUCCUUUGAUUGGUUCAAAGGAGUAAUGAAUGAGGUGGCUGAAGAGGAUCAUAGAGGAGUAAUUGAGCUUCAUAAUUAUUGUACUAGUGUCUAUGAAGAAGGUGAUGCUCGCUCUGCUCUUAUUGCUAUGCUUCAAUCACUUAACCAUGCUAAAAAUGGUGUGGAUAUCGUCUCUGGAACACGGGUUAAGUCUCACUUUGCUAAACCUAACUGGCGUAGUGUCUACAAGCGCAUUGCACUUAAUCAUCCACAAACACGCGUUGGGGUGUUUUACUGUGGGCCACCAGCACUUACUAAAGAACUUCAUCAAUUAUCUUCUGAUUUUUCUCACAACACAACCACCAAAUAUGAUUUUCACAAGGAAAAUUUCUAGUAAUUAUUAUGGUGACAAUUAAUUAUUGAAGAGAAAAAGUGAGGUGGGAACAAGAUGGUGUUCCACUUUUAUCCCCACUAGGCCACUACUACUAUAUGAAUAUGAUAUGAAGAGUGGACCAUGUGUACUUGAUAGAGUAUAUAAUAGUGUACGUGCUUGUGUAACGAUGAAAGUUGGUGUAUGUUAUUAAGUUGUAUGUUGGCCCCCAAAUAGGUAAGGUUGGAUUGAAUCGCGACGGCUUCACUGCGUUGAUGCAAUGUGGUCGUUGCACAUUGCGACCACAUUGCGACAAAGAGAGAUGGGGGACUGGAAAUAUGUAGAGAUAAAAUGAAAAUAAAAAAGUUUUGGGGGGUUUGUCCAAUUAGAUUGUAUUGUACCUACUAAGUUUAUGUUGGGAAAUAUUCUCUAUGUUAUCGACCAUGUAAUUUAUUAGUUACUCCUAAUAGUUUAAGCCUUUAAGGGACA